ACUCUCAAUCUGCCUUAUACAAACAGCCGUCUCUUUCAACUCAUUUAUCGAUAUUCUUAAAACACAUCUCAAUCUCCUCCGUAGAUUCCUCUGUCUCUUCCUCUUUCAAGUAACCAAAUUAAAAUAAUCACCAAAUUUCAAAACUUGUUCAAUUCAAGAACUCAAAACAUUACCUUAAAAAAAUCAAGAACUCAAAACAUUACCUUCAAGAACCUAAAUACUUUUUUUCUUGAAUUCAAGAAGGCAAAAUGAAGAACACAAACACAAAACUCAUACUCCUACACCAAUCUUCACUCCACAAAUCUCCAUCAUCUUCUCAUCAUCGUCUCUGGCUAAUCUUUGUAGUCACUUUUUUUACUUUAGCUUUCACUUACACUCUUUUCUCCACCACCAUCCCCACCGUCACCCCCGCCGCUUCCUCCGCCGCUUCCACCGCCUCUCUUCCACUCUUUUUCACUACAGCCUUACUCCACUACACUUCGAUUUCCAACACAACAACGCCUCACAUGUCAAUAUCCGAACUUUCCGCCAUAGCCGCCGUUCUUAAGCAAUGCUCACCGUCUUGUAACUUUUUAGUUUUCGGGUUAACCCAUGAAACCCUUUUAUGGAAAUCACUUAAUUUCCAUGGCCGUACAAUUUUUCUCGACGAAAGUGAGUAUUUUGUCGCGAAUUUUGAAAAGAUUCACCCGGAAAUUGAAGCUUAUGAUAUACAAUACACGACGAAAGUAAGCGAAAUGGAUGAUCUUUUAUCCGUCGCGAAAACUCAAGUUAAAGAUGAGUGUAAGCCUGUGCAGAAUUUACUGUUUUCAGACUGCAAAUUAGGUAUUAACGACAUGCCGAAUCAUAUCUAUGAAAUUGCUUGGGAUGUGAUUUUAAUUGACGGUCCACGUGGGUAUUUCGCGGCGGCAGCUGGGAGGAUGUCGCCGAUUUUUACAGCUUCAGUUAUAGCGAGGAGUAAGAGAGGCAGUAAUAAGGCGACGCAUGUGUUUGUUCAUGAGAUUGAUAGAGAAGUUGAGAGAAUAUUUAGCGACGAAUUUUUAUGCGACGAGAAUUUGGUAGAGACUGUCGAUUCCUUGGGACAUUUCGUCGUUGAAAGAAUGGAAGCUAAUAGCUUUGAGUUUUGUGAAAAUUCAACUUCGUCGCCGGUAUCGUCGUCGCCUUUAUCAACUAUAUCAUCCGGUGACGAUGGGGAUGAUGAUUGAAUUAAUUACUGGGGUGUGAUUGCUUGUAUCAUUACAUAAUCCUUUACUUUUAAUUUGGUUAAAUAUAGAAUUGUAAUUUUAUUAGGUUUAAAAUGAUGAAAAGAAUAUCAAGUGUGAAUUUUCUCAA